CGCGCGACCGGACAGACGCAGUUGCGUUUUUGCGUCAUGUCCCAAUGCAUUGUGGGUGAAGAAACUAGCGGAGUCGCGCCAUUUUUUGUGUGUUUUGACCUGAAAUCAAAAAUCUGCGUUUGGUUACGGUUUUGAAUCCUUUCCUUUCCUGUUGGUUUAGAAGAUAUUAACGAGUUAUUAUUAAAAUGGGACGAAAAAAGAAGAAGCAAAUGAAGCCCUGGUGCUGGUAUUGCAACAGAGAUUUUGAUGAUGAAAAGAUUCUCAUUCAGCACCAAAAAGCCAAACAUUUCAAAUGUCAUAUAUGUCACAAGAAGCUCUACACAGGACCUGGAUUGGCCAUACAUUGCAUGCAGGUGCACAAAGAGACUAUAGACUCAGUUCCUAAUGCAAUACCAGGAAGAACAGACACAGAACUGGAAAUCUACGGCAUGGAGGGUAUUCCGGAUAAAGACAUGCAAGAUCGGAGAAGAGUACUUGAACAAAAGUCACAAGAGAGUCAGAAGAAGAAGCAGAAUCAGGAUGAUACCGAUGAGGAUGAUGAUGAUGAUGAUGUUGAAGCUGGACCUUCAUCGUUUCAGCAGCCUGCUGCUCCGCCUCAGGCAGCCUACAUGCCCCCAAUGACCCAGGCGGGCAUGUAUCAUGGACUUCAGGUCCAAGGCAUGCCACCCGCUGGUUAUCCAGGCAUGCCACCUAUGUUGACUGGUGUCCCACCAAUGAUUCCUGGGAUGCCACCAGUAAUGCCAGGCAUGCCACCUGGCAUGAUGCCAAUGGGAGGGAUGAUGCCCCCAGGUCCAGCAAUGCCUCCGAUGAUGCCUGGCAUGCCACCAGGAAUGCCACGUCAUGUUGCCAGGCCUGGCAUGCCUCCUAUGGCACCUGCAGCCCCUGUCACAGCUCCUGGAAUGGCCAGCAGACCAGCUGUACCUGCCACUCAGUCCGCUGCAUCCAAACCUCUCUUCCCCAGCGCUGUGCAGGCGCAGCAGACGGUAUCGGGACCAUCAUCAACCACCUCUGAUUCUCCUAAAGUGACAUUCCCAGCCUACACCCAGCCUUCCUCCACUCCCUCUGUUGCUGCCUCCUCCAGCACUGUGGCCAAACCCCCUGCCACAGUCACAAGUAAGCCAGCCACCCUCACCACCCUGAGUGCUACCAGUAAGUUGAUGCACCCUGAUGAGGAUAUUUCGCUGGAAGAGAGACGGGCUCAGCUGCCUAGAUACCAGAGGCUAAUCCCUCGUCCUGGGCAGACUGCAGCAGCUGCUGCCUCAGCUCCCCCUAGUGGAGCAGUGGGAGGAAUGAUAUCUGCCCAGCGGGUUAUACCUCCUCAGCAGCCUGGAAUAAGGCAUCCCAUACAUGGUCAGUAUGGUGGUCCUCCACAGGGCAUGCCUGGUUAUAUGGCUGGUGGCAUGCCUCCUUAUGGACAGAGUGCCCCAAUGGUGCCUCCAUACCAAGCUGGGCCUCCUAUGGGCAUAAGGCCACCUGUAAUGUCUCCUGGCAGCCGAUACUGAAAUGUCGCUGUCAUCCCACUAGGUUUGGAGGUUAAACCUUUUCUCAUCUUGUGCUUUUAAUGUAGCCAAUCCAAUGAGCUCUAAACCCACUGCUGAAGAAAAACUGCAUACUGGACAUUUGAGAGAUGUAAUAUCACACAAGAAUUUUGGAUUCAGCCCUUAAAUAAAGACAAAGAAGGUAACAGCAGUAUCAGUGUUACAGUUGAUACAUGUAUUGCUUUUUUCCUAUUGUUUCAUUCAGGUUGUACAAGUACAGUAUAUUAGACAAAGGUUCAUAAUAUAUUGAAGCCGCUGGCCUAACAGUAUCUCCAUACUCAAGGCAAGUUCCCAGUAAGAUUUCUGCUUUUAUCUUAGUAUUGAAGCCCUCACAGCACCAUACUGUGCUGUUGGACUCUACGUCCCCAACAUCAGCUUGGUGAGGGCUUCAGAUCACUGUUGUCAUGGUGUUUUGUUUUUUUUGUUUUCUUUUUGUUUGCAUCCAUUCAUUCAGGGUUUAAAUAGCACAAGGGUAGAUGUGUCUCUCUGUAAUUUUUGUUUGCUAUAUGUAUUGUAAUAAAACAUACUUAAUUUGGUA